CAAAAUUCUCUUGCUCGCGUCCUCACUUCUUCUCGCUCAUUUCGUUCUUGGCUUCGUUAGUGAAUGGUCAAAGUAUUGUUCGUAGUUACAAGUUGAAAUCAUUCCAUUAUUCAACAACCGCGUAAAAGAAGAAAAAAAACUUCGGAUAAGACAAAAAAAUGUGCAGAUAAAUAUUGAAGAAGAAAUUGAUAAAUCGGGAACAAAAACCAUGGAAAAUGCGCAAGAGCUCGAGAUUGAAUAUCCUGGCCACGUGGCGAAGCGUUUGACCAGCCAGGAAAUCGAUAAAAUGCGUGCACAGGAUUCUCGCCUCGUUACGGAAUUUCGUGCCUGUCAAAUUGAAAAAGAGUCCCGAAAAAAUUGGGACUUAUUUUACAAACGAAACGACACACGCUUUUUCAAAGAUCGGCAUUGGACAACUCGGGAAUUUCGCGAAUUGCUCGAACUCGGAACGUCGAAUGAAGAAAAAGUCAUGAUGGAAGUCGGAUGCGGCGUUGGCAAUCUCAUUUAUCCCUUGCUCGAGGACGGCUUGAAAUACAAAAAAAUUUAUGCCUGCGAUCUCUCGCCAAGAGCCAUCGACUUCGUUAAGUCAAACCCUCUAUACGAUGCAGAUUUAAUCAAAGCAUUUCACAAUGACGUCACGAACGAGAAUUGCUUUGACGAAGUUGAGGAUCCAGUGGAUUUAGUAACUCUCGUUUUCGUGCUUUCGGCUAUUCAUCCAGAUAAAUUCAAAAGCGUUGCUCUGAACAUUUUUAAAAUUAUGAACAAAGACGGCACGCUCUUGUUCAGAGAUUAUGGCCUCUAUGAUAUGGCGCAGUUGAGAUUCAAGCCGGGUCACAAAAUUGCUGAGAAUUUCUAUAUGAGACAAGAUGGUACAAGAAGUUAUUACUUUUCCGUUGACAAAGUUAAAGAGAUUUUCGAAUCUGUGGGCUUUGAGACGUUGAGUUGUUCAUAUGUGGAACGAAGGACCGUCAAUGUGAAGGAAAAUGUUGACGUUCAACGCAUCUUUGUACAGGCUCGGUUCAAAAAGUCUUGAGAUGUUAUGCCGGCAGAAGAAUCUUGAAAAAUCACAAAUUCGAGUUUUGGUUGGGAAUUAAAACAAAGAGUGCAGCUCGUCGAACAUGGAAUCGUUAAGUUGAGUUCUGAUUGGAAAUCGAACUAAGAAUGGAGCUCAUUGAAUAUGCGUAUCACACAGCUAAAGAGACGCAAAAGGUUAUCACUAAAAAGCGAG